GAUCGCGAAAAUUGAGAAGAAAUAUAUAUAAGGAAAAUAAUACUAAUAAAAAUGGAUAAUUUCAGUCUCUAAAACUAAAAUCACACACUCCCGCCAUUUCACCUCCAAACACUUCCCAUUUUCCCUCCAUUUUCUCACUCCAAAUUCCUCCAUUUUCCCGGAAAACUUCUCACUCCCUUCUCUCCUCAAUUUUAUGAUCAUUUUGAACCCUAAUUUCACCCUUUUUGUCUGAAACCCCUUACUCUGGUGCUUUGUCUAGGGUUUUGGCUCAACCAUGCCGGCCAGAAUGGCUCGGGGGAAAAUUGUUCGUUUGGAGCUUGAGAAUUUCAAAUCAUAUAAGGGACUUCAAACAAUUGGUCCUUUCUAUGACUUUACUGCUAUAAUUGGCCCUAAUGGUGCGGGAAAAUCGAAUCUUAUGGACGCUAUUAGCUUCGUGCUUGGUGUUCGAACUGGUCAACUUCGUGGUUCGCAGUUGAAGGAUCUGAUCUAUGCUUUUGAUGAUAAGGAGAAGGAACAGAGGGGACGAAGGGCUUUUGUUCGAUUGGUUUAUCAGCUUGGUAAUGAAUCUGAGCUUCAGUUUACUCGGAUUAUUACUAGCUCCGGUGGAAGUGAUUAUAGGAUUGAUGGAGUUUCUGUGACGUGGGAUGAGUAUAAUUCGAGGUUGAAGUCGUUGGAUAUUCUUGUCAAGGCUAGGAAUUUUCUGGUUUUUCAGGGUGAUGUGGAGUCCAUUGCAUCUAAAAACCCCAAGGAACUUACUGGACUUCUUGAGCAGAUUUCAGGUUCUGAUGACCUGAAGAGAGAUUAUGAAAAGUUUGAAGAAGAGAAAGGUAUAGCUGAAGAAAAAUCGGCACUUGUUUAUCAGAAAAAAAGAACAAUUGUGUCGGAGAGGAAGCAAAAGAAAGAACAAAAGGAAGAAGCAGAGAAACAUCUACGUUUACAAGAAGAACUGAAAUCAUUGAAGCGAGAUUACUUCUUAUGGCAAUUGUUCAACAUCGAAAAUGAUUUCACAAAGGCAUCUGAGGAACUUGAUGCUGAAAAGAAGAGUCGUGAAGAGGUUAUGCAAGAACUAGAGAAUUUUGAGCUUGAAGCAAGUAAGAAGAAGAAAGAGCAAGCCAAGUAUCUUAAAGAGAUAACUCGAUGUGAAAAGGAUAUUGCUGCGAAAAACAGAAAACUUGACAAACAUCAACCAGAGCUUUUGAAGUUGAAAGAGGAAAUGUCACGCAUAAACUCAAAAAUGAAGAGAAGCAAGAAGGAGCUUGAUAAAAAAAGGGAAGAAAAAAAGAAACAUGCAGCUGAAAUAAAGCAGCUCCAGAAGGGUGUACAAGAUUUGACUGCAAAGCUAGAUGAUAAUGAAAAAGGGCGGGAUAGUGGUGAAAAACUUAAGUUAGAUGACACUGCGUUAAGGGAAUAUUUUCGAAUUAAGGAGGAUGCUGGCAUGAAAACUGCGAAGCUAAAAGAUGAAAAAGAGGUCUUGGACAGGCAACAUCAUGUCAAUAUUGAAGCUCUAAAGAAUUUAGAAGAAAAUCUUCAGCAGUUGAAAAAUCGUAGUAGUGAACUUGAUACUCAGGAGGAACAAAUGAAAAAAAGGCUGAAAAAAAUUGAUGAUUCGUCCUCAAAACAUAAGAGUGAUCUCACUGCACAGAAGAAGGAACUGCGUUCGAUGCAUGAUAAACAUCAGGAUGCCAGAUAUAAAUAUGAAAAUUUAAAGUCAAAGAUCAGCGAAGUAGAAAACCAACUACGUGAACUAAAGGCUGAUAGACAUGAGACUGAAAGGGAUGCCAAGUUGUCUCAGGCAGUUGAGGCUCUAAAACGUCUGUUUCAAGGUGUCCAUGGUCGUAUGACUGAUCUUUGUCGGCCAACACAGAAAAAGUUUAAUCUCGCUGUUACUGUUGCUAUGGGUAGAUUCAUGGACGCAGUUGUAGUUGAUGAUGAACAAACUGGAAAGGAAUGCAUUAAGUACUUGAAGGAGCAAAGGCUUCCUCCGCAGACAUUUAUCCCACUUCACUCUAUUCGUGUAAAGCCAGUCAUUGAGAGACUACGGACCUUGGGUGGAACAGCACGGCUGGUCUUUGAUGUGAUCCAAUUUGAUCCUGCGUUGGAGAAGGCAAUUGUUUAUGCUGUUGGGAAUACACUUGUUUGUGAUGGCCUUGAGGAGGCUAAAGUUUUAAGCUGGACGGGUGAGAGGUACAAAGUUGUGACUGUUGAUGGGAUACUUCUCACUAAAGCUGGCACGAUGACUGGUGGUACCAGUGGUGGAAUGGAAGCGAGGUCAAAACAAUGGGAUGACAAAAAAAUUGAGGGACUGAAGAAAAAGAAAGAACAGUUUGAGUCAGAGUUGGAGGAGCUUGGGUCAAUAAGAGAGAUGCAACUAAAAGAGUCUGAAGCUUCAGGGAGAAUCAGUGGACUUGAAAAGAAGAUCCAAUAUGCAGAGAUUGAGAAGAGAAGCAUUGAGGACAAGCUUGCUAAUUUGAAGAAGGAGAAACAAAAUAUUAAAGAAGAAAUUGAUCGUAUCACUCCUGAGCUUCUUAAGACUAAAGAAGCUAUUGAUAAGCGUAGUGCAGAAAUUGGUAAACUGGAGAGGAGGAUCAAUGAAAUUGUUGACCGAAUAUACAGAGAUUUUAGUAAGUCUGUUGGGGUGGCAAAUAUACGUGAGUAUGAAGAGAACCAGCUUAAGGAUGCUCAAAAUAAUGCCGAGGAAAGGCUUAGCUUGAGUAGUCAGCUCUCAAAGUUGAAAUAUCAGUUGGAGUAUGAACAAAAUCGAGACAUGGAAUCACGAAUCAACGAGCUUGAAUCUUCUCUCAGUGCAUUAGAAAAUGAUUUAGAGCGGAUUCAAGAAAGAGAAACUGCAGCCAAGUUAUCUGCGGAAAAAGAUAUUAGUGAUAUCAAAAACUUGAAUAAUGAAGUAGAAGAAUGGAAAUCAAAGUCUGAAGAGUGUGAGAAGGAAAUACAGGAAUGGAAAAAGAAAGCUUCUGCAGCUACCACAGCCAUUUCUAAACAUAAUCGUCAGAUAAAUUCAAAGGAGAAUCAGAUUGAGCAGCUUAUAGCGAAGAAGCAGGAAAUUAUAGAGAAAUGUGAACUAGAACAUAUUAGCCUUCCAGUAGUCGAAGACCCCAUGGAUACCGAAACGUCAACGCCAGGCCCAGCUUUCGAUUUCAGUCAGUUGAAUAGAACAUAUGUGCAGGAUAAGAGGGCCGCUGAACGGGAAAAGCUUGAUUCAGAAUUUAAGCAUAAAAUAGAUUCCAUGGUAUCAGAAAUUGAGAGAACAGCUCCAAAUUUGAAGGCCCUCGACCAAUACGAAGCUCUAAAAGAGAAAGAAAGAGCUGUAAAUGAAGAGUUUGAAGCAGCCAGGAAAGAGGAAAAGGAAAUAGCAGAUAAAUUUAACGCUGUCAAGUUGGAGAGGAAUGAGAAGUUCAUGGCUGCUUUCAGACAUAUUGAGGGUAUUAUUGAUAAGAUAUACAAACAGCUUACAAAAAGCAACACACAUCCAUUGGGCGGAACGGCUUAUUUGAACUUAGACAACGAAGAUGAUCCGUUCUUAAGCGGCACCAAGUAUACAGUUAUGCCGCCAACAAAGCGUUUUCGUGAUAUGGAACAACUGUCUGGUGGAGAGAAAACAGUUGCAGCUCUUGCUUUGCUCUUUUCCAUCCACAGUUUUAGGCCUUCCCCAUUUUUCAUACUGGACGAAGUCGAUGCUGCUCUCGAUAACUUAAACGUUGCCAAGGUUGCCGGAUUCAUCCGUUCCAAGUCAUGCGAAGGAGCCAGAACCAGCGAGGAUCCCGAUAUAGGCAACGGUUUCCAGAGUAUCGUGAUUUCUCUAAAAGAUAGCUUCUACGAUAAGGCCGAGGCUUUGGUCGGAGUAUACCGGGACUCCGAAAGGGGCUGCUCUAGAACGUUGACAUUUGACCUUACCAAGUAUCGGGAGUAAUAAGGAUUUGCAAUUAUGUAUGACAUUGAAUUUUAUAUAUUUUUAUGCUCUUUUAUUUUAUGUAAAAAGUUACUGUAAAUAGCAUUUGGAACUAUUCCCCUAAUUAGGUACACUCAGAUAAAGAUAAUCAGUUAGAAUUGUUCUAGUUUAGGCAUGUGGAAAAAUAAUAAUGGAGCUGGGUUUCUUUUAUUAUUAUUAUUACCAUUAUGCUUCUUCCAAA